AUGGCCGCCACAAACGUGAUGGAGUCUGUUUUGCGCUUAUGUCUUUCAUCAUUUUUGUUAAUUUUUUGUUUAUCUGAUGCUUCUGAAGUUGUUAUGGAAGAUGUAGUGCCUGUCUCUGCCAAUGUAAUGUCCAAUGUUGGCUACAGAAUUGAUGGCAGAGUAGAAAUUUUAACCUCUUUAGAUAAAGACUGGAUGCCUUAUGUUCGAGUACUUAUUGAUGGUGGUGAUUAUCUUAGUUACUUGAGGCCUGAUGGUACCUUUAGCAUUGGUGGAAUCCCAUCUGGGUCUUAUGUAGUCGAAAUUACUCAUCCUGGUUACUUAUUUGAACCAGCAAGAGUAGAUAUCAAUUCUAAGGGCAAAAUUCGAGCACGAAGAGUCAAUAAUCUUCAACCAGCCUCCGUAAAAACUAUUGCUUAUCCACUUGAAUUUCGAGAAAGAGGACGAGCAACUUAUUUUCAGAUGCGAGAACAAUGGCGUAUCACAGACUUUCUCUUCAACCCAAUGGUUCUGACCAUGAUUCUGCCACUCCUUAUUAUCAUGGUGCUUCCCAAAAUGAUGAAUGCUGCUGACCCUGACACUCAACGAGAGGUUCAGUCCCAGAUGAAUGCCCUCAAUGCCAAACAAAAUGACACAGUAUUGAUAAAAAAAAAAAAAAAGAAUUUAUUGAAUUAUGAACUCAGGUCUGCUCUCCUGUGA